AUGGGUGCUGAUGCUGAUGCUGAUGCUGAUCCUGCACCUUCAGGAAAACGACGUCGGCUGGAGCGUGUCGCAGCGGCAUGUGAUCUAUGCAAACGACGCAAGGUGAAGUGUGAUGGCGAGCUUCCUUGCGGCUAUUGCAAACGGAAGCAUCGCGCGGACACAUGCCAUUUUACCGCUCCUAAGCCGCGAAACCACGUCCGUUCCGCCGGCAAUACUCCGAAACCCCCCGAGCAGACCGCCGCGAACGUCGGCACUCCUCUGUCUCCCACAGUCAGCCGAAGCGAUCACCAAGAGGAUACAGUCGUCCCUUUGGAAGGCCGAAUACUUCGUGACGCCCAAGGCAAAGUCAUCUUCAUCGGCGAUUGCGCGCCGCUGUCCUUCCUACAGACCGUAAGGCAUCUCAUUGCAUCAGGAGUCGACGCAGAGAGUAUCCCGCUUCAAGCAAGCCGAGACUCCAUCAUUGAAGUUGCUCGUCCUGCAUCGAGGGAUCAACAUCAGUCGCUUGCCGUAGAAUUGCACCAAGUGCCGUCUCUUGUGCAUGAAUAUAUCGUUACCACAAGUGGACUGGCCGACCUCUUUGAUCCAGAUGAGCUUUUGAAAGAGCUCAAAACGUGGGCAAGUGGCCUAACCUCACAUUCCAAUGACGCUGCGGCUGCGGUCUUCUUCCUCGUCUUGGCUGUCGGCGCUCAAGAGAGCCACGAAUCGAAAGCUGAAGCAUGGUUCAAGCAUGCACGAGAUCUCCUUCUCAAGAAUAUGACGAGUAGCAUGAAUGUACCUACAGUCCAAGGCUUUGCCUUGGUUGCCAUAUUCAUGCUUCGCGCGUUUCAACCCAAUGGUGCCUACCUGUACUUCUCUUUGGCCACUAGAACGGCAUAUGCGAUUGGAUUGCACCGAACAGAAGUCAAUGCUUCAUUUGGCGCGAGUCUCAAGGUAAUAAGAGAGCGUAUCUGGAAGAGUCUUCGAGUUAUCGACAUACUUAUGAGUAACAUCCUGGGACGACCUCCCUCAAGCUCCGAUGUCGACUGUACCGUCAAGUAUCAUGCACCAAGCAGCAACACGGACAUAUCCGCAGACCUUCUCGACGCAAGCGUGCAGAUCUUCAUGAUUAUUGAAAGAGUCGUGGUCGAAGUUUAUUCACGGAAGCGUAUCUCUCUCCGGAUCGCCAGUUAUGUCUCCCGUCAGCUGAAGGGCUGGGCUUCAAAUUGGCUCAAACCGCUCUCAGAGAUCACCAAGAUGGACACAGCCAGCACAAGAAGAAAGGCUAAUGUUGGCGCCUGCUCCACGUUGUGCUCAUAUUUCUAUGGAAUCAUGCUUCUCACGAGGCCAUUCCUGAUUUACGAGCUGUACGAGUAUAUGGGUGCGUCACUGAACGGCGGUGGUACUCAAGCAGAUCACGAGGAGAAACGCAAGUAUGCGGACGCAGCGCUUGACGCAGCUGCAUCAUUUGUUGAAACUUUGCAAGCAGCUGUCAACACUGCGCAGAUGCCGCUAAGGAUGCCACUCGUGGUUUCUUGGCUGUUCACGACUUCUCUGGUUCUAGCCGUAGGCGUACUUGGCCGAUCCGGACUUACCUUUGAGGAUACCUGCCGGGCGUCCAUCCGAUGUCUAGACUAUUUUGGCAAAGUAGACCCUCACGCGCGACAAUAUUCCUUAAUCGUCCAAGCUUUGCUCAAGACAACUGUGGCACAUGUCAAGAAGAGAGAGCUCCAUCUACGCUCGCAACGGAAGCAAGCAUCUUCACAAUUAUUUGGGAUGAUAUCAAACACUUCCGAUACAAGCAUAUCCGCACCCGCUUCCGAGCGCUUUUCCUCGCCGCCUCUUGGGCAGGUGCCACCGACCACUUUGCCUCCCGAUGGUACAAACAGCACGGCGUCGGCCGACUGGACCAUCUACGACGCCGAUUUCUUCGCCCUUCCAUGGAUCACUGAGAACGACCAGGGCUUGCAAGAUUUCCUCCAGCCUGGAACUCACACCCUUAACGGUCCUUCUGUCGCCGACAUCCCGCUCUUUCCCAUCUAUGACCAGCAAACCAGUGGUGGAUUCUUCCAUAACUGUUAGACCCAAGUUCGGUCUUCUAUGUCUAGUUCGUGAUAUCCCUAGGCAAACCAAGCUUAUCAAAUCUUCUUCCGUCGCGCGACUGCAGCCUCGCUCGUUUCAUCUCGGGAUGUACGUAAAAACGGAAUGAGCUUGGUGCCACCUGUUCCAACAAGAUCGUGCGUCUGAGGCUUUUCUGAUGCCAGCUUUGUCGAAGCUGAAGCAAUGUCCCUCCGGUUCACGCCGUUCGCAGGCUUCGGUGAGCGACUUGGGAU